GACGCGACCUGAGGGUUGCAUUGCAGAACAAUAUAUUCAAGAGAAGACAAUUAUAUAUUGCAACCAAUACAGAGGAAAAUAAAAAACAAGCUUCUUGGAAAAAUUGGAAAAACGGUUUGAUGGAGUCAUUUCAGGACUACAAAAGUUGCAAGAUGUCGUUGAUGACGAUAACAAUGAUGACGAUGUUGGUCCAAUAAGUUCAGGUCAAAGUGUUACCCUAGCGUGUAUCGAAUACGAACAGGCUCGUACAUGGGUACUGAAGAGUCAUCCCAGCUAUGAUGUGUGGGAAGGGUAUGCACAAUUAGCUCAUUUGUAUAUAUCUUCUUUACUUUAUGCGAUUUUAAUAUAACAAUGGUAUCAUAUAACGCGCAGGAAGCACAAAGAUUUCUUGCAGCGAUGUUACAGGAGGACCAACAGGGUGCCUAGCGAGGAUGAAUUCAUACCUUGGUUGAAGAGGCAACUAGAGUUUAAAGAAUCUGACGAUGAAGAAUUUAAAGAUAUAGUGAGAGGACCUCUAGCUUUUUGUACUCAAUACAAUAAGUAUUGUAUUAAUGUUUUUCUCUUUGUCACUAAGGACUAUGAGGAGAAUAAAACGAACCAAAACAGUGGGGUUAUGACAGAGGGUAUGACCACCUUCCGAUCUAGUGCUAAGGAUAUGAAUAUAGUGGAUGAAAAUCAACCUUACUAUGGAGUCCUUCGUAGAAUUAUCCAAUUGGAGUACAGAACAGGGUACAAGCCCGUCUUAUAUAAGUGUGAUUAGGUGAAGGUGACGCAUCAUGGUAUUUCUUUUGAUGUCGAAGCGAAUCUGAGAUUAGUAAAUUUGUCCAGUCUUUACAGUUCAGACAAAUUGAGUGACGAGCCGUUCAUUCUUGCAAAGCAUGCCACGCAAGUUUUCUACUCCAGAGAUCCAAAAAAUCCUGAAUGGCAUGUGGUAUUGGAGGUUCCAAAAAAGAUUUUUAUCGAAGAAGAGACAUGCCAUCUAUCGGAACGAUUUAAGGAUGUAACUGAUGCCGAUGCAGGACCUAAUCUCACCUCAUUAGCAAUUGUUGAUGAGUUGAUAUUCAAUGAACCUGAAGACAUCAGUGUUGUAGUCAAGAAAAUAAAGAAAAGAAAGCAACCAAGGAGAAUCUCUUGAAUUGUUUAUAUUUACUAAGCAUAUAACAAUAUGAUAUUUAUUGGAGGAAAUCCAAUCAAGGUAUGGAUAAUGUAGUGAAUUGUUUGUACUUUAUCUGUUAUCCAAAUUAUUGUAUUAAUCAUUAGUGUUUUUAUUUUAUUUUAUUUUAUUUUAUUUUAAACAGGCACAUGGAUUCACAACCACAGGCAUUGGGUGUGCACUUGACCGAGACUACAGAUGCGAGCAAGACCAAAGCUUCUUCUUCAUCAUCUAGAAAGAGAGGUCCUACUAGGUGUGCUUUUUUACAUGAGCAACCUGAUAGGAAAAAAGUCCUAAAGACGAAUGAAUUCGGGCAACCGAAUGAGGAUUGUCUUGAACAAAAGAAAUUUGCAUCGCAUAUCGGUAUCCUCACCCGUACUCAUAUCCCGAUCAUAUACCAGGACUUUCGCCAGGUGCCUCAUGCACACAUUCAAAUGAUCAUAGAGUCAUUGUCACGGGCUUAUGAGUUUGAGGGUCAAAGUGGGGAUGCGAGUCUUACAAACGUAACAAAACGCAUCAAGGAAACAUGGCAGAAUUACAAGAAAAGGUUGACUGCAAAAUAUAUUAAAGACAAAGAUCCUGCAGUUGUAAGAGAUAGUCCUGCCCCCCCCAAGCAUCCCUAUAGAGGAUUGGAAAAAUUAGAUGAGCUUUAUUCUAGCAAUCCUUCUUUUAAGAUUACCGACGUUGAUGAUGCCCUUACACAGGGUCUAGGUUGCUCAAUAACUACGAUAGGACUGAAGAUGUCAGCCCCUGCCCGUUCAAAGGUAGAGAAUUUGAUAAAAGAAAAAGAUGGCCUAGUGCAGGAGAUAUUUGAUAUAAAGAAAUUGUUGGCCAAGAUGGAGGCCUGGAUGCAGUUGCAGCAACACGCACAAUCUACUCAAAACCUCUUAUCACCAACAAUUGCUAAAUCUGCUCAGCCUGAUGUUAUAUAUAUCGGUAGGAGAUGCGACUUGCUUAGUUGGGGAAAUCGUGAUGUAGUUGCUCGGGGUUAA